GAGAUUCAUACUACAUUUAUGAUUUAGUAUAACUUGGAGAAAUUUCGAGCUCAGUAGAGUCAACGGCACCAUAAGUCAAGCGAGUUUUUUUUUCAUUGAAAAAGAGAGAAUAUAUAGUCCGGUUGGCUGGCUGGUUCAUCAGCAAAGGAGAAGAGGAGGGUGGCGAGGAAGCUGACUAGCUGAGCUAGAUCGAGGUGAUGAGCAAGGUGGAGAUGGGCGAGGAGGAACAAGAACAAGAUGGUAUAGCGGUGGAUGAUCCGGAGAAGAAGGCGUCGUCUGCGAGCGGCAGGCUGCAGCUGCCGCCGUCGUCGUCGUUGAGGGAGGCGCUCUCCUCGACCUCCUCCUUGUCCCUCAGAGAGCAGCACCACGACGAGGAGCUGGAGCUCAAGUGGGCGGCCAUCGAGCGGCUGCCCACCUGGGACAGGCUCCACACCUCGCUCCCUCUCAAUGCCGACGGCGCUCGUCCGCCGGAGCCGGUGGACGUGCGCCGGCUGGGGGCGGCGGACCGGCGGGAGCUGGUGCACACCCUCAUCGCCGACAUCCACAAGGACAACCUCCGCCUGCUCCGGCACCAGCGCCGGAGGAUGGACAGGGUCGGCGUACGGCAGCCCACGGUGGAGGUACGGUGGCGGAACCUUCGCGUCGACGCCGAGUGCCAGGUCGUCGAUGGCAAGCCGCUCCCCACGCUCCUCAACUCCGCCAUCUCCACGCUCUCGCUGCUCACCACCAUGCUCGGCUUCAACCGUAACCAAGAAAGGAUCCACAUCCUCAAAGAUGUCACCGGCAUCCUCAAACCUUCCAGGAUGACCCUUCUCCUUGGACCCCCAGGCUGUGGCAAAACCACCCUUUUGCUAGCACUUGCUGGAAAGCUCAACAAAAGUCUCAAGGUAACAGGAGAAAUUGACUACAAUGGUGUCAAGCUGCAAGAUUUUGUUCCAGAGAAGACAGCAGCUUACAUUGGCCAGUAUGAUCUUCAUGUCCCUGAGAUGACUGUCAGGGAGACGCUCGACUUCUCUGCGAGAUUCCAGGGCGUUGGCAGCAGAGCAGAAAUCAUGAAGGAAGUCAUUAGACGGGAGAAGGAGGCUGGGAUCACCCCUGACCCCAACAUAGAUACGUACAUGAAGGCAAUAUCUGUGGAAGGUUUAGAAAGAAGCAUGCAAACAGACUACAUUAUGAAGAUAAUGGGACUUGACAUAUGCGCUGAUGUACUAGUAGGAGAUGCCAUGAGAAGAGGUAUUUCAGGCGGUGAGAAGAAAAGACUAACCACAGGAGAGAUGAUAGUAGGACCAUCAAAAGCGCUCUUCAUGGAUGAAAUAUCAACUGGGCUGGACAGUUCUACCACCUUCCAAAUUGUUUCUUGUCUCCAACAGCUAGCUCAUAUAUCAGAGUCUACCAUACUGGUCUCACUCCUUCAACCAGCACCAGAGACUUACGAACUUUUUGAUGAUAUUAUCUUGAUGGCUGAAGGACAAAUCGUUUACCAUGGCCCUAAGGGCUACAUUAUGAGUUUCUUUGAAUCAUGUGGCUUUAAAUGCCCCGAAAGAAAAGGGAGCGCUGACUUCCUUCAAGAGGUCCUGUCAAAAAAAGAUCAGAAACAAUACUGGAGCCGCAACGAAGAAGGAUAUAAUUUUGUUACAGUUGAUCAAUUCUGUGAUAAGUUCAAAGCAUCUCAAAGUGGUCAGAAUCUUGCUGCGGAGCUUUCGAAGCCGUAUGAAGAAUCUAAAGGACAUAAGAAUGCCCUGUCCUUCAGUAUCUACUCAUUAUCCAAGUGGGAUCUACUCAAGGCAUGUUUUGCACGGGAGCUCCUUCUUAUGAAAAGGAAUGCCUUCAUCUACAUAUCAAAAUCCAUUCAGCUUGGAUUACUUGCUGUUAUUACUGGGACAGUAUUUCUGCGCACACGUAUGGGUGUUGACAGAAUUCAUGCUAACUAUUAUAUGGGUUCACUCUUCUAUGCACUCCUGCUGCUGAUGGUGAAUGGAUUCCCUGAGCUGGCCAUGGCAAUUAACAGACUGCCAGUCUUCUACAAACAGAGAGAUGACUACUUCUAUCCUGCAUGGGCUUAUGCAAUACCAUCUUUUAUCCUAAAGAUUCCAGUCUCCUUAGUUGAGUCAAUAGCUUGGACAACAAUAUCCUACUACCUGAUUGGCUAUACCCCGGAAGCAUCCAGAUUUUUCUGUCAGCUCCUCGUCCUCUUCCUCAUCCACACAGUAACAUUAUCAAUGUUUCGAUGUGUGGCCUCAUACUGUCAAACAAUGGUGGCUGGUUCAGUCGGUGGUACAAUGGCAUUUCUAGCGACCCUUCUGUUUGGGGGUUUCAUAAUUCCUCGCUCAUUUAUGCCUAAUUGGCUAAAGUGGGGAUUUUGGCUUUCUCCAUUGUCAUAUGGUGAAAUAGGCUUAACUGGAAAUGAGUUUUUGGCACAAAGAUGGUUGGAGAUCAAGAUAUCUGGUGUAGCACUUGGAAGGAGGAUCCUAAUGGAUCAAGGGCUAGACUUCUCCAGCUAUUUUUACUGGAUCUCAAUUGGAGCAUUGCUUGGGUUUACAUUGUUGUUCAAUGUAGGCUUCGCCAUAGGCUUGACCAUUAAAAAGGUUCCAGGAACUUCUCGAGCUAUUAUCUCUCGCAAUAAGCUUACCACAUUUGAUGGAAGAGACCAAGAUAACAAUGCUGAAAAUAGGAGGCCUAAGUUACAAGCAGAGACUGCUUUGUCUCCAAAUAGGACUGGGAGGAUGGUAUUGCCUUUCACGCCCCUUAUAAUAUCAUUCCAGGAUGUCAACUACUAUGUAGACACCCCUGCGGAAAUGAGGGAGCAUGGUUACAUGGAAAAGAAACUACAGCUACUCCACAAUAUCACAGGAGCAUUCCAGCCAGGGGUUCUCUCGGCACUCAUGGGGGUUACUGGAGCGGGAAAAACAACACUCCUUGAUGUUCUUUCUGGAAGGAAAACUGGUGGUGUUAUUGAAGGGGAUAUAAGAAUAGGAGGGUAUCCUAAAAUUCAGCAGACUUUUGCUAGGAUAUCAGGCUACUGUGAACAAACUGAUGUCCAUUCCCCACAGAUCACAGUGGGUGAAUCGGUUGCAUAUUCAGCCUGGUUGCGCCUUCCACCAGAAGUUGAUGCAAAAGCAAGAAAUGAAUUUGUGAACGAAGUUCUUGAAACAAUUGAAUUGGACGAAAUUAGAGAUUCUUUGGUCGGAAUACCAGGGGUAAAUGGACUAUCAACAGAGCAAAGGAAACGGCUCACGAUUGCAGUCGAGCUCGUGUCUAACCCCUCAAUCAUAUUUAUGGACGAGCCAACAUCAGGCUUGGAUGCAAGGGCAGCUGCUAUUGUCAUGCGUGCAGUGAAGAAUGUUGCAGACACAGGUCGAACGGUUGUGUGCACCAUUCACCAACCAAGUAUCGAUAUAUUUGAGGCAUUUGAUGAGUUGAUGCUGAUGAAAAGGGGUGGAGAGUUGAUCUAUGCUGGGCCAGUUGGACACCAUUCAUGUGAAGUCAUCCAGUAUUUCCAGGCAAUACCUGGGGUUCCCAGUAUCAAGGACAAGUACAACCCAUCAACAUGGAUGCUAGAAGUUACUUCUACAUCUAUGGAACUUCAACUGGGAGUAGAUUUUGCACAAAUCUACAGGGAAUCAUCAAUGUGCAAGGACAAGGACAUGCUGGUGAAGCGCUUGAGCAUACCAGUUCCUGGUACAAGUGACCUCCAUUUCUCAACCCAGUUUCCGCAGAAGUUUCGGGAGCAAUUCAAAGCUUGCCUCUGGAAGCAGUGUUUGUCGUAUUGGAGAACUCCUUCUUACAACCUGGUGCGGAUGGUAUUCAUAACAGUGGCCUGCAUUUUCUUUGGUGUGUUAUUCUGGCAGAAAGGCAACAUCAACCACAUAAACGACCAGCAAGGUCUCAUCACCAUAUUGGGGUGCAUGUAUGGAACCACUCUGUUCAGUGGCAUCAACAACUGCCAAUCAGUGAUGCCUUUUGUCUCCGUUGAACGCUCCGUCGUGUACAGGGAGAGGUUCGCAGGGAUGUACUCUCCUUGGGCCUACUCCUUUGCGCAGGUUGCCAUGGAGAUACCUUAUGUGCUGGUGCAGGUAGUGAUCUUCAUGUUGAUAGCAUAUCCGAUGAUAGGGUACGAGUGGACAGCAGCAAAGUUCUUUUGGUUCAUGUACACCAUGUUGUGCACGCUGUUCUACUUCCUCUACCUGGGAAUGAUGAUUGUGUCGCUCACCCCCAACAUCCAAAUCGCAUCCAUACUUGCAUCCAUGUUCUACACCCUACAGAACCUCAUGUCCGGGUUCAUCGUGCCUGCGCCUCAAAUACCAAAAUGGUGGAUAUGGCUCUACUACAUCUCCCCAAUGUCAUGGACGCUCAAUGUCUUCUUCACCACGCAGUUCGGAGAUCACGAUGACAGGAUGAUCGAUGUAUUUGGAGAGACCAAAUCCGUCGCAGCAUUCAUGAGGGACUACUUUGGUUUUCGCCGUGACCUACUGCCACUGGCAGCGGUGGCCCUGGCAGCAUUCCCGGUCCUCUUUGCCGCCCUCUUUGGUUACAACAUCUCAAAACUCAACUUCCAAAGGCGAUAGACAAACACAUUUUCAUAGUAGUAAAAUAGUAGCACGAUAUAGAAUAGAUAUUGCAAACACACGUACUCCCUCCGUUCCAAAAUACUUGACUUCCAUUUGUCCAAAAAUGGAUGUACCUAUAUACUAAAACAUGUCUAGAUACAUCUAUAUUUUAACAAAUGAAAUGCAUGUAUUGUGGAACGGAGGGAGUAUCUCUGUGUGUUAGAAUUGAAAGCCCGAGUUAGCUUACCAACACGAAAAGGUCAGUGUAUGUACUUUUGUGUAAAUGGGAUAUAUAGCAGAACAAAAUUCCAGUAGUAGCUAGUACUCCCUCCGGUCCUUUUUACUCCGCGUAUUAGGUUUGGGUCAAGUCAAACUCUGCAAAGUUUGACCAAAUACAUAUUAAAAAAAUAUCAACAUUUACCAUGCCAAUAUAUAUUCCAUGAAACUACAUUUCGUAAUGAAUCUAAGGAUAUUGAUUUGACAUUGUAAAUCUUGAUACUUUUUUCUAUAAGCUUGGUUAAAUUAGAGAUGCUUUGACUUCAAACAAAACUUAUAUGCAGACUAAAAAGGACCGGAGGGAGUAUUCGAGAAGAUGUGCGAUAUUGUCGUUAACAGACACUUAGGCACUUUCACUCUAGCCUAUCUCAUUUAUUAUUAUUGUAAAUCAUUUGUUAUUAUUGUGAAUAUAUUUGCAAUGCAAGUUUUGUAGUGAUGAAAAAACACAACGCACAACCCUGACAAUUUUCAUGAGCAGAAUAUAAUUGGUAU